AUGAUCAGCGGCCCGUUCCCUCAAUUUGAUCCCAUCGUCUCGCUCCAAAACGUCAUGAUGUGAGUCUUUUUCUUUCAAAACAGAGUCAUCUGAAAGAAUCGCAUUUCUUGCUCACCAUAUUCGCUCGUUCAUUCGAUGUUGGGUUCAUUGAAUCCAAUACAAUGAUCCAGCACAUUUUGGAGAGCCUGUUAUCAGCGCGUCGCAAUCUCUGAAAUCUUCUAGCGGACACCCUGCCGACGCGACGUCUCCUCUCUCGAUGCCCUCUUCCUCUUCGAGUCCGUACGGUAUCGACGUUUCCGACAUCCAUUGUAGAGUGUGCGAGAGAAAGUACGACGGAUCGCAGCAUUUCGGAAUAGACGUGAGUCGUUUUGAGGAAAAUAAUGAGGAAAACAACGAGGGACGAGGCAUCCGAAGUGAUGCUGAUGUCCAGAUAUCUGUGACUCUUUUUGUUCUGGGACAAUCGUCAACCGAGAUAAAUUAGCACGUAAAGAAGCGAUUCGGUCAGACGAAGAGGCUGCGAAAACAUGAAUAACAAUAGGGAAAUGGAAUGCCGCUCUGAAAAUGAUUGGGUGAAAAUGAUUAGCUGCAUGUUGUGUUCCCCGUCUCAUCCCUUGGUUUAUUUCUCUCUUCCGCUCUAAAUAGCCGUUCAAUAUCUACUUUGACCCCAAUCGCCAACUUACUUCAUUAUAUUUCGGAGCCCUAUCACAAAUUUCGAUCUCCAGUUGGAUCCGUUCUAAAUUCCACUUACUGUUGAUCAUUUUCUGAAGUUCUAGAUCAAAUAUUGAGCUUCGCAGACAAAAGACAAAGAUUCCAAUCUUUUCCGCGAGCUAUCAGACGUGUCCAUCUGCAUCCACACUAUGCAUUCUUCAAACCUUCUAACCAGAUCCCGUGCGAUUUCUGCACUCGAGAGAAAUAAAUGGCCUUUGGGUGAUCUUGUGGGGCAAAGUCGUUCGAACUCACAUAAUAUUACGCAAAUACUUCAAACAUCAUCUGACUACGUUCUCUGAAGGAUGAAGGACGAAGUUGACUACAAGCGUGCCAGUUUGAUCCGUCAACAACAAAGUGUCAACCAAGUUCACCGUCCAGUCCUGUAGUUUGGUUCUCAUUGUAAACUUGAAUUCAAUUAGCUAAUAAUCUCAGUUCUGUGAUUAUUUAGGUUUCAAAAAUGAGUAUAGAAUCAUCUGAAAGCAUUUUACAAAAACGUUCUCUUUUCAGAUUUGCCGUGCAUGUGCGGCCUUCUUCCGACGCAGUGUUUCCGUCAAGAAGACGUUCGUUUGCAGAAGAGGAACCGACAAUUGUGCCCUGAACAGUGAGUACAACUACAGUAAUCUUGCGUCCGAUUCGGAGAAGAUCAGUUACAAACCGAUCAGCCGAUCGUCUCCUCUCGAAUAGCUGUCUAUUUACAGCCAUUUCCCGUAAGACAACGUGUCAGAAGUGUCGAUGGAUGCGAUGCCUUCACGUCGGUCUUCAAAUCGACCGUGAGUUGCCUUGCUUUUUCCUCUCCUCUUUCGCCAUUAUUAUGCAUUGUCUCGAAACGGCAUCUAACAUCACUGAUACCGCGACCUCCAUCCAAAUGCGCGUGAAAACUGGAACCGGCCUGACGGCGUCGGGGUGCUAGCAGCGACGGUGCGCGGAGGGAAACAAUCCAGCACGAUCGGCGUCCAUUGAAACAACUAUUGGCGAGUGAUCCCUGAUUGACCUAUCUGUGAAAAGGAGAGAGAGAGAGAGAGAGAGAGAGAGAGAGAGAGAGAGAGAUGGAGGGGACGAGUGAUACGAGAGGAUGUGUGGUGUCUGCCGACUCGAUGGUCUUCGUAGAACAAUCGCGUAGAACGUAUAUGUUCGUGAAGAGAUCACUGAAACAGAAGGGAGGUGCACGUGAAACCACUCGCCGAUUUGGUUGUUGGUCGCAUUUGACGCCACUGUUUAGCGCCCACCAAUUGGGGGGAAUGAUAGUAAAAGGGAAAGGGGGAUUAUGAGAAGACCAUGUGAAACGAAGAGUCUAGUACGGUGUUUCAGUUGUGGUUGGCCGUCGUUCGCCCGACCACGUGAAGGCUCCUCAAGAGAACAAUGCGGCUCCGAGGCUGAAGCAGGAAGAGGACGAGUCUGACACCGGCUCGGAAGAGAAGUACGCAGAGGAAGUGGACGAGUCUGCUUUGAUCGCCCCACAGAACGCACUGGCUGUUCUCCGUCCGAUUCCUACAAGUGGCAUUCCAAAUCAAGAUACAACUCGAGCAACUCUCAUCAACAAAGUUCUCAUCAACUACAAGUAUGUUCCAAUUAUCACUUCAGCCAUCCCAAUCAUACCAAACUUUCAGUGAAUUCACCAAGAAACGCCUGGAAGUGGAGCUCUCUCUUCCGCAUAUGCAAAAAGAUUUCAAGGUUGUCGGUUCAACUGGAAUCCCAAUCUUCAAGGCCACCAGAGAAACCUUGUCUCAAAUUUAUCGGAAACAAGUUGAUCUUCUGCACAACUUCCUUCUGAAAACGUUCGACGAGUAUGCUUCGUGCGGAGUUGACGAGCAAAAACGUAUUUGUGCUCUGUUCUACCCGGUACUUUGGGAGGUCGAAUCCUGCUAUUGGACUUACCGUAACAUGCCUGUGAAAGCCGAGUACGAGAGCCUUCUCAUGUGCACUCAAACCACUUACAUCGAUUCAAAAAACGUUCGAUUCUGGCUCGGAAACACCGAUGGCCAAGAUGAAGAGACCGUACAGGUGAUCGAAAGGUAAUCCAAACAAACUUUUUUUUUCUUCUUCAAGUGCGCAAUUAUUACAGGCGUUUGGAGAAUCUGCUCAAAACAGCCAGAAUGUUGGUGCUUGAGCCAAUGCACAAACUCAUAAUCAAAGAGUUUGAGUUCAUUACUCUCCUCGCCCUCAACAUUUGGGCCAAGAAGAAUCACCGAGUGAACGAAGAGUCGGAUGCCCGCGCCACUUCCGUCCGCACUGCUAUAUUCAAUGAUAUCCACGUUCUCUAUCACGACGGCUUGAAGAUUGACAACUACGCCGGUCGUAUGGGCGAACUCAUGUGUCUGUACACUGACGUCCAGGUGAGGAGUGCUCCAGAAAGAUCCGCAAAGUAUUGUGUUUCCUUAAGAACGCCGACAUGACCUCCACCGUCCAGAACGUUUUCUUCUCCGAUCUCACCGCAAUCAUUUACUCCAUGUGAUUCUUCCUACGGUUUCAAUUCCCUUUUCUCUCUUUCCAAUGCUCAAUUCUUGCUCAGCGCCCCCACCAAAUUGUCGUCAUGUUAUCUUUUCUAGUGAUAUUUUUGCAUGCCUACCCUCUUUCCUCUUAUUUUGUUUUUCCUCGAAUCUUUCUUCCCAAUCGUUUUCAGUCGAUCAAUAGUCAAAUGAAGAUGUUUUUCGAGCAGAUGCCCCAUCUCAGAAUCUGCCCUCCCGACGAACUUCAGAACAUCGUCGCUCCGAUCGCCAUCUCUCGCAUCACUGAUCUUUAG